AUGGAGCCGCUCUGCUCCACAGCCACAAACGUCCUGAAACGGGAUCUCUUGGCCCGCCUCGCCCCCGACCGUCCCCUCAGAAGGCGCCGCGAAAACUCCGAAGGUCACACCCGCAGGCCCCCCACCGGGCCCCCUCUGGCUGCCACCCCGGCGUCCCGCAGGCGAACAGCCACCGCCCUUCCCCGCCUCGGGCGGGACCUGCGGGGUCCCCAGCGGUCACCGCAUGAACCUAGGCCACUGUCUCGGGGGACAGUGACGAGGCCGACCCUCGGAUCCCGACCUCACCAGCACUCACCCGCCGCCGCCAAGCCCAAGCCGGAGCCGCAGGAAGCCGGGAGAGGGCAGAGAGGAGCUGGGAGCAGCCGGGAGGAGCCGCAGGAGCCACAGAGCAAGCCGGAGGGGCGGGGCGCAGGGAGGUGGCCGCUUCCUCGUCGCCCUCUUGAAGGCCGGCACGAAGGCGGGGCGUCCCCACAGCCAGCGGGCGCCGCACCAGCCAAUGGGCGCCCCCGAGGGGCGGGCCAAAGCGCCGAGAGCCAAUCCGCGCCUGCCCCUGCUCCGCGACCUCUCCGUGGAAGCGGCACGAGCGACGAGAGCCGGACGGUUGGCGAAGCGCGCGUCCGACGUCUAGGCUGCCGCCUCCCGCCCGCUGAUACCUCAGCGAAAGGCGAGCCUCAGGCCGCCUCCGCCGUUCUGAGUUGGCCACCGCUUCCUUUUCCAGCAGGGAACUUGCUAGUGCCAGGAGCACGUGGCCUGGGGAAACUCCCUAAGCAGAAAGAUAAACUACUCAAAAUGGCUUCAGAAGUCCCUGAAACCAACCAGAUUAACUGGGCUCCUCCCUACCAGAAUUCAGUGUUCCUUUCAAAAGACCAGGGCCAAGCUGCAAAAAAAAAAAAGACUCUGAAGAGCAAAAUCAGCAAAGACUCUGAAACCAGCCAAGCUGCCUAGAAGAGGUCUGGACCAGAAUCACCUGGAAAGGACACUCUCCAAAAUGUUGAGCGGCCUGUAGGCUGUGCAGUACUCUCCAGGAAUCCCAGUUCUGUGAGUUGUUACUCAGGCCAGGGAGGGCCUUGGUGAUGCAGCUGUCUCUGAGUCUUUUCUGCUCAUGUAAGUAACCCCUCUCAUGACCCUUUAUAUUCCUAAGCAACUCCAAUAAAACUUAUUGUUUGACCAA